AUGGAAAAUAAGGAUGAAGUAACAUCCAUUGGAAAUAAAAACAAAGACGACGAAAUAUUUAAAUUAAGAAAAUUAGUAUCAAUAUUUAAAAAUGAAUGUAAAAAAUUGAAAGAAGAAAAUGAUAAGUUAAAAAAAAAAGAAUAUUCUGAAUCUUUAGAAAAUAAUAUUGAAAAUGGUGAUGAAAAUUUAAGUGAAUAUGGAACAACAGAUGUUCAAGAAAAAAAUGAAAUAAUUAAACGAACUAUUAUUGAAAAAAGUUAUAAAAAAUUAAAAGAUUUUACUAUAUUAUUAGAAGAUAAAUUAAAAAGUGUAAAAAUUGAAAGUGAAAAAAAAUGUGUAGAAUUAGAAAAUAAAAUAGAAGAAUGUAAUAAAAAUAAAAAUAUAUAUAUAACAGAAAUUGGAAAUUUAAAAGAAAAAUUAAGAGAACAAAAUAUAAUUAUUGAUGGAUUAAAUAAAAAAAUUGAAGAAUAUAAAAUUUAUUUACGUUCAGAAAAAAAUGUACAAGAAUCUUAUCAAAAUAAUAUAGACCAAACUAUAGAAUAUAAAAUAGAAAUUCGAAAAUUAAAAGAAAAUAUUGAAAUUUUAAAAAAAAAUAAUGAAAUAACAGCAAAAGAAAGACAACAAUAUAGAAGUAUGAUUAUUUUAUGCUCACAAUAUAAAGAAAAAUGUAAACAAAUUCCAAAUUUUCAAAAUAAAAUUGAUAUACUAGAAAAUCAAAUAAAAGAAAUGGAAAUAUACAAAAUUAAAGAUAAUGAAAAUAUUAAAAAAAUUGCAGAAUUAAAAAAUACAAUAAUAAAUAAUCAAAUUGAAAAUAAUAAUUUAAAAACACAACUAAAUGAAUGGAUUAAUUUUGCAAAAAUUUAUAUAAACAGUAAAUCUAUAAAUAUAGACACACUAAAACAAACCAUGAAUGAAUUAAAUAGUAAGUAUACUCAAGUAAAUUCAACAAAAGUCGAUCUUGAAGUUAAGUAUCGAAAAAUUGUUGUUGAUAUGGAAGUUCAAAAACAACUUUUAGAAGAUAAAGAAUUUGAAUUAAAAAUCAUGAAAAAUAAAAAUAUAAGACUUGAAAAAAAAUAUGAAUUUCUAAAAAAGGAUUACCUUCUCGAUAUAGCUAAAAAUAAUACAAAUACUUCAACCGUUUUACAAUCACAAAAUAAUAGUGAUGAAAAUGGAAAAGAAGAUGAUUAUAAAGUUGACGACAUUGAAUCAGUUUUAUCAAUCAGUAUAUCAAAUCUGUUGAAUGAAAAAUAUAAUGAAAAUGAUAGUGAAGAAGUUAAAAAAAAUAAAAUUGAAAAUUUAUUAAAACUAGCUCAUAAUUAUAAAUAUAAAAUCGAUUUUUUUCAAAAUGAUAAUAUAGAAAAAGAAAAAUUAAUAGAUGAACUAAAUAAUAAAAUAGAUAAAUAUAAAACAGAUUUUGAAAAAACACAAUUAAAAGAAAAAAAUAUUGAAGUAUUUACACAAGAUCUGUUACUAUAUGAAAAAGAAAUAAACUUUUUAAAAGAUCAUGUUGAUAUUUAUAAAAAACAAAUUUUAAAUCUUGAAAAUGAAUUAGCUAAUACUAACAAUUUAUGGAAAGAAGAUAAUGAAAAAUAUGAAGUUACAAUUAAAAAUUUAAAAGAUGCUUUAAAAAAAGCUCAGUUUGAAGCUAAAGUUCUUGCAAAUGCUUCUACAUCUAUUACUGGAAAAAAUUUAACUGAAUCAAAUGAUUCGAAAAAUGAUUCUACUUUUCUUUAUAAAGAUAUUGAUAAUAUGAAUUCUAUUGAUGAAAUACAAAUCAAAAAUUUAAAAAAUGAAAAUUUAUAUCUUAAGGCAAAAAUAGAAGUAAUUAAAAUAUAUUAUGCAAAUCAAAUCAAAAGUUUUAGAGAAGCUUUUUUAUAUAUUUUAGGAUGGGAUAUACAAAUAGAGCAAAAUGAUGAAGAAAUGUUUUUUAUAUUUACAUCUAUGUUUUCAACUCAUGAUGGAAAAUUUAUAUUUAUCAAAGAUAAAAUGCAGAAUGACAAACGAUCAUAUAAUAAAGAAAAAGAAGAAUAUGAAAAUUUUAAGCGCAUCAAAUUAGAUCAUGAUCCCACUUCUGAUACAGCAUCUAAAAUAGAUGCUACUACUGAGAAGGUUAUCAACACAAUAAGUCAAAGUGUUGAGGAAAAUUCCCAAUCCUCUGUUGAGAAAAAUAUUAAUACAGAUGAAUCAUUUUUUGCAGGAUUGUUUGGAAAUAAAAAUCAAAUAAAUACAGAAACAAUUAUUGAUAAAACAAACUUAAAUAAUACUAAUAUCAAUAUGUCAACAAUUAUGAAGGGAUGUAAAUAUAAUUUGCUACUGCAAGGAUAUUACAGUAUUAAAUGGAAUGAAAAUAGUGAUUGGAAAAAAUAUAUAAAUAAAAUAACAACAUAUCCAAUUCUUUUAUCAUUAUUAUGUAUUGAAGAAUAUAAUAAUAUAAAGUUACAAUAUAAUAACAACUUGUGUAAAAACUCACGAAGUAUGCUUUUCAAGAUAUAG